AGCAGCCGUUUACUUGAAGUUACAUCGAAGAAUUUUAGUAAAGAAAUCAAACAUCAGCUGUCGGUUGCAACUAGCCUAGCUCACCUGCUCCUUCCUCCCUCCCUCUUUUGCUCAUAUACACACACACUGCUGUGUGAUUUCCAAAUCAUAAAUGAGACACUUCUGAAUUCAACUCUCAUCUUUCAAUUCGACUUGGCGAGUGUAUGGGCGUGGGAUUUGAUCCAAUGUUGGUCCAGAAAGAGCGCGACUCCAAACCCCAAAACCCCAAAUCAUCUUCACUACCAACAACCAUUCGCCCAAAUCGAUUCUCUCCAUCCAAAUCCCUUGAUUUCUCCACAUGGUUCUCCGAAAAUCUUUACAAAAUCGUCACAAUUGGCCUCCUAAUCUCAACCGUCGCUGCUCUCUUCUUCCUCCGUAACGUCGGGGACUCCGCUGCUCUCCUCUGCUUCCAGUCACAAACUCAACAACUCGAAACCAUCCAUUUCCCUCAAAUCAACUACAACUCAAUUUCACCCAUCCCUGAUAAGACUACCCCUUACUCAAACUUCAGAUCAGAGCAAUGGAUUGUUGUUUCGGUAUCGGAUUAUCCCACGGAUUCGUUUAAGAAGCUGUUGAAGAUCAAAGGGUGGCAAGUUCUGGCUGUGGGAAACUCCAAGACUCCUAGUGAUUGGAAUCUUAAAGGUGCUAUUUAUUUGUCACUUGAAGAUCAAGCUAAAUUAGGGUUUAGAAUUGUUGAUUUUUUGCCUUAUGAUUCAUAUGUUAGAAAAAAUGUUGGCUAUUUGUUCGCGAUCCAACAUGGUGCAAAGAAGAUAUUCGAUGCUGAUGAUAGAGGGGAAGUGAUUGAUGACGACAUUGGUAAGCAUUUUGAUGUCGAAUUAGUGGGUGAGAGUGCUAGACAAGAGGUUAUCUUGCAAUACACGCAUGAAAACCCGAAUAGAACUGUUGUCAAUCCUUACAUUCAUUUCGGUCAAAGAUCUGUUUGGCCUAGGGGAUUGCCAUUAGAGAAUGUAGGUGAAAUUGAACGUGAAGAGUAUUACACUGAAGUCUUUGGUGGGAAGCAGUUUAUCCAACAAGGUAUUUCCAAUGGCUUACCUGAUGUUGAUUCAGUUUUCUACUUUACUAGGAAACCCAAUCUUGAGCCUUUUGAUAUUCGAUUCGAUGAGCAUGCCCCAAAGGUCGCAUUCCCUCAAGGAACAAUGGUACCCAUGAAUUCUUUCAACACAUUACACCAUUAUUCAGCCUUUUGGGGCUUAAUGCUUCCUGUUUCCAUAAGUUCAAUGGCUUCUGAUGUGUUAAGAGGUUACUGGGCACAGCGACUUUUAUGGGAAAUUGGUGGGUACGUUGUUGUCUACCCUCCAACUGUACAUAGAUACGAUAGAAUUGAAGCAUACCCAUUUGCAGAAGAGAAAGAUCUUCAUGUAAACGUGGGUCGUUUGAUUAAGUUCUUAGUAUCUUGGAAAUCAGAUAAACACAGAUUGUUUGAAAAGAUAAUGGAAUUGAGUUACGCCAUGGCUGAAGAAGGAUUUUGGACUGAAAAAGAUUUGAAGUUCACAGCUGCUUGGAUUCAAGAUUUGAUUGGUGUAGGGUAUUUGCAGCCACGGUUAAUGACACUUGAACUGCAUAGGCCAAGAGCAUCCAUUGGUCAUGGAGAUCGAAAGGAUUUUGUACCUCAAAAGCUGCCAUCUGUUCAUCUUGGAGUUGAGGAAACUGGAACUGUGAAUUAUGAAAUAGGGAAUUUGAUUAAAUGGAGAAAGAAUUUUGGAAAUGUUGUUCUUAUUAUGUUCUGUAAUGGACCUGUUGAACGAACUGCACUUGAAUGGAGAUUGCUGUAUGGAAGAAUAUUCAAGGCUGUGGUUAUCUUGUCAGAAAACAAGAACCCUCAACUUGCUGUUGAACAAGGCCACUUAGAUCACCAAUACAAGCAUCUUCCAAAAUUGUUCGAUAGGUUUUCAAGUGCAGAAGGAUUUUUGUUUCUCCAGGAUAAUACAGUUCUUAAUUACUGGAACUUAGUCCAAGCAGAUAAGACUAAGCUCUGGAUAACAGACAAGGUCUCAAAAUCUUGGAGCACUGUUUCAUUCAAUGGUAACCAAGAUUGGUAUGGAAAACAAGGAGAAAUGGUGAAGAAAGUUGUGAGCUCAAUGCCUGUUCAUUUCCAAGUUAACUACAAGAAACAUAUGACUAGCCAUGAUUCAAGCCUCACAAUUUGCAGCUCUGAGGUGUUUUAUGUUCCCCGAAGACUAGUCAAUGACUUCAAAGAUCUUGUAAAUCUUGUGGGAAAUCUUGAUAUUCAUCAGAAGGUUGCUAUUCCCAUGUUCUUUUUAGCAAUGGAUUCCACUGAGAAUUUUGACUCUGUGUUUAGCACUAUGGUGUAUAAGCAAGAAGUACCUUCAAACACUUCUUUGAGUUAUUAUUCUCCUGAAGCAGCUGCAGUUCAUCCAUGGAGUGUGUCAAGUGAGCAAGAAUUUAUAAAGCUCAUCAGAAUAAUGGCAGCAGGUGACCCUUUAUUAAUGGAGUUGGUUUAAAGAGAACUUCUAAUACCCCUGUUGGCUGCAUUUUUUGUAUCAUUCUUUCCAUAGAUGAAUGUGAACCUUUUGUAGAUUUUCUUGAUGUGGACUGUUGGAGAUUUUGUGUAAAAUUUAUAGGGUGGAAGGAGGAGGUGGAAAAAAGAAGUAAAAUCUUGAUGUCCCAAGAUUCUGUUUCUUGUUUCAUUUCUUCCUGAAUUUAGUACAGAUUGUUUAAGGCAAGCCUAAUUUGUACAUUGG